AUGGCGAUCAGUAACUGGAUUCAUAACACCAAUGUGCGGGUUGCCCGCAGUCCCGUGGGGAAAUGGUUUCGUCUGGAGGGCUGUGGCCAUCCUAAAGAGAGGAAGGGUAGCUACUUCUUCACUGAAAUUCGCGCCGGCCUCGCCACAUUUUUCGCCAUGGCAUACAUCAUCUCUGUCAACAGCAAUAUCACCUCUAUAACGGGUGGAACCUGCGUGUGCCCCGAGGAAGAUAUGGGUGACUUCUGUGCGACCAACUCCGACUACGCUAUGUGCACACAAGAAAUCAACCGCGAUAUCGUCACCGCCACCGCCGCCAUCGCCGCUCUCUCGACUUUCUGCAUGGGUUUCUUCGCCAAUCUGCCUAUCGCGCUCGCACCGGGAAUGGGAUUGAAUGCCUACUUUGCCUACACUGUUGUUGGGCCCCGUGGUUCCGGCAUGGUCUCAUACUCGACUGCCCUGACAGCUGUCUUCGUGGAAGGAUGGGUAUUCCUGGGUUUGACGCUGUGCGGCAUGCGACAGUGGCUGGCCCGUGCGCUCCCAAAGUCUAUCAAACUUGGAACUGGUGUCGGAAUCGGUCUCUAUCUCGCACUGAUCGGUUUGACCUAUAGUGCCGGUAUUGGCUUGGUUCAGGGUGCCGUUGAUACUCCCAUCGAGUUAGCUGGAUGCGUGAGCUUCAAUGAAGAAACGGGCAUGUGCAAUAGCAGCGACAAGAUGCGCAGCCCUACUAUGUGGGUUGGCAUCUUCUGUGGCGGUAUCCUGACGGCUUUGCUCAUGAUGUACCGUGUCAAGGGUGCUGUCAUUCUCGGUAUUUUGCUGGUGUCAAUAAUUAGCUGGCCCCGAACCACACCCCUAACCUACUUCCCCUAUACCGAGCUUGGAUCUAGCAAGUUUGAUUUCUUCAAGCAAGUUGUUACUUUCCAUCCUAUCAAGCACACUCUGCUUGCUCUGAAUUUUGACCUGGCUGGCAAGGGUAGCCAGUUCGGACUGGCUUUCAUCACAUUCUUGUAUGUCGAUAUUCUCGAUACCACAGGCACAAUGUACUCCAUGGCCCGAUUUGCCGGCGCAAUCGACGAGGAGACUCAAGACUUUGAAGGCAGCGCCAUGGCCUACAUGGUUGACGCAAUUUCCAUCUCGAUUGGAUCCCUUUUCGGUAGUCCCCCCGUUACAGCAUUCGUCGAGUCCGGUGCCGGCAUUUCCGAAGGCGGCAAAACCGGGCUCACAUCAUGUGUCACCGGCCUUGCAUUCUUUGUUGCAGUCUUCUUCGCGCCGAUUUUUGCUUCAAUUCCUCCUUGGGCUACAGGUUGCACACUCGUGAUUGUCGGUGCGAUGAUGGCAAAGUCUGCCGCCGAUAUCAACUGGCGGUACUACGGUGAUGCGAUUCCUGCAUUCCUCACCAUCGCCAUUAUGCCUUUCACAUACAGUAUUGCCUACGGUCUGAUCGCCGGUAUCACCAGCUACAUCACCCUCAAUGGCUUUACCUGGUGCGUUGAGAAGAUCACCGGUGGUCGUAUCGUCCCGCCUAACAAGGAUGAGUCUGAUCCUUGGUCUUGGAAGAUCCAGGGCGGUUUCCUUCCCCCCUGGGUUAACCGUGCUUUCCAUGGAAAGAAGGACUUCUGGAAACCUGAUGAAGAAUAUGCGGAGGAGCGGAUUGCAACUGGUGAGGCUGUUUCUUUCUCUUCCGCGUCGGAGGAACGUGUGGCUCUUGAGAAAGGCCAUGAGCCUACCGCUGCACCAUUGAAGUCGGAGUAA